AUGAUGGCCAUGAACGCCAAGCAGCCCUUCGCCAUGCACGCUGCCCUGCCGGAGCCCAAGUACUCCAGCCUGCACUCCAGCUCGGAGGCGAUGCGCAGGGUCUGCCUCCCCGCCCCGCAGCUCCAGGGCAAUAUAUUCGGGAGCUUUGAUGAGAGCCUGCUGGCCCGCGCCGAGGCGCUGGCCGCCGUCGACAUCGCCUCGCACGGCAAGAGCCACCCGUUCAAGCCCGACGCGACCUACCACGCCAUGAGCAGCGUGCCCUGCGGCUCCGGCUCCGCGGGCGCRGCCCUGCCGCUGCCCGCCGCGCUCCCGCACCCGCACCACGCCGUGCACGCGCCGCUCGACGGCGACCUGCUGGAGCACCUGUCGCCCUCGCUGGCCGUCGGGGGGCUGGGCGAGCCGCCGGCCGCGCCGCCGCCGCUGCCGCCGCACCCGCUGGGCGCCAUGGGCCACCUGGCCAUGGGCAUGGGCCCCCCCGGGGGCCCCGCGCCGCCGCUUCCCGCGCCGCCCUGUCUCCCCGACGUGGAGUCCGACCCGCGGGAGCUGGAGGCCUUCGCGGAGCGCUUCAAGCAGCGCCGCAUCAAGCUGGGGGUGACCCAGGCCGACGUGGGGGCGGCCCUGGCCAACCUGAAGAUCCCGGGCGUGGGCUCGCUCAGCCAGAGCACCAUCUGCCGCUUCGAGUCGCUCACGCUGUCGCACAACAACAUGAUGGCGCUGCGGCCCGUGCUGCAGGCCUGGCUGGAGGAGGCCGAGGCCGCGCACCGCGACCGCGCCGCCAAGCCCGAGCUCUUCGCCGGCGCCGAGCGCAAGCGCAAGCGCACGUCCAUCGCGGCGCCCGAGAAGCGCUCGCUGGAGGCCUAUUUCGCCCUGCAGCCGCGGCCCUCCUCCGAGAAGAUCGCCGCCAUCGCCGAGAAGCUCGACCUCAAGAAGAACGUGGUGCGCGUUUGGUUCUGCAACCAGCGCCAGAAGCAGAAGCGCAUGAAGUACUCGGCCGUGCACUGA